AUGAUUGUCCCAAGCAUCAAAGAUGACUGCCUCAUGGUCCGGGACAAUGUUGUUCUGUCUCAUGUUCCAAGAAACAUAACUAUCGCACCUGCAGCCGAUGAGGCUGCUUUAAUUGGAGCUUCUUCUUCAAACUCUAGCUUUCGUCAUGUCUUCUCUUUUGGGGGGAUACAAGUUUAUGUGUCUCUUCAGAUUCAAGCUCUGGUGGAUGAUACCGAGUUUUGGAGAUUCAGGCUGUGA